AUGACAGUAACGCCUUCCGACGCUGAGAAAAAUGUUUGGGAUACUAUAUCAGAGCUGCAUAACCAGCUAAAUGCUACGAUUCAAUCAAAACAGAUAAUAGAAGACUAUGCAUUGCUCAGUGGUUUUUUGACUUUUGUCGACUCCAAACUGAGUCGAAUGAUAAGCGAAAGUCUGCAAAUGCAGCAAGCAAUCUAUGAAGAUACUGUGGAUAGGGAAGUGAGUCACUCUCACGUCAUUCGCAUCGACAAUGAAAGUGUUCCAUUGAUUUUAAGACUAUAUUGGGAAAAAAUAUGUCAUCCUAUCUUCAAAUGGUUCCAAGCAUGGAGGGCUGCUUUACUUUCCAAAGACUCUAAGGAACAGCGGAAGCAUGUAGAGUUCAGAAAAAUGAAUUCCAAGUUGACCAAGUUUUUUAAAUCUGUUCACAAGUUUUACUAUAGGAUAAUCGAUGAUUUGCUCAGCAAAUAUGACACGUCUGCGGUUAUAGCAGCCGAAAUCAUCAAGCAACUGUGCGCUGGUGUCGAAAAGGAAGGAGAAAAAAAAAUUGUUUUAGAUGCAAAGAGUAACUUUACUAUCUUGAUAGUGGUAUCUUUGCACUCUUGUUUACUGAACUUGGGCUCAGCACAUCGUUACAAGUCGAUCGCGGAGAAGUUUUCGAAUCAUUAUGUUUUCCAAGAUUUCAAAAAAUCCAUGAGAUAUUUGGAUUUGGCUUGCCUCAUUCUCCCUUCAAUAGGUGAGGCUCAUCUUCAGAAAGGUCUCAUUUAUGUCCAGAUUGAAAGACUGGGAGCCGCUAUGUACGAAUUUAUCAGAAGCUCUUUGGCUAGAAUUCCUAAUAAUGCUGCACAGGCUAAUUUUGCAACUAUUAUAGCCGAAAAGGAUAGUAGAUUACGAAAAAGACUCGAUAUUCUGCUGAAGGAUAUCAAUGCUCAGGAUCUAAAUUCUAGUAGGAUUGUAAACAGGGAAAUUAUUGAGUAUUAUUUUUUGGCGAUAUUCGGCUCUUAUUUUGCACCUCAAUGCUGGCUCAACUCGGCUAAAUCGAAAGAGCUUCAAAAUGGUAUUAGUUUAGAGUACUUGAAAAAAACUCUCAAGGAUAAAAUGUCCACGCGAUAUCUCAAAAAUAUUGAUACUAUUUACGAGGAUUUGAUAGUACUUAUCGGAGGUUUUGAUCUUCUUUUACUCUCUUCCGACAAAGGUAGCAAAUGCAUUGACAUCAAAACCAUAAGUCUAAAGACCUUAAAGGCAAAGGAUCAUGCAUACUUAGAGUUUGCCUUUAGUUUUGUCACAGAUAUUUUGAAGAUCGUUAGAGAAUCCUGGGAAAAAAAUAUAGAAAAGUAUCAAUACUUAGCAAUGGUUAGAGUUGUUGAAUGUUGGUUGAAAUCUAACCGCGCUGUUUUACAAUACUCUCAUCGUAAUGAAUCUUUUUGUCGCGCUUUGGCUGAACUAUUGAACGAUAUAUUGAGAAGUCAAAAAGUUCAUUUAGAUUCACUAAUGCAUAGACCGAAAAGGUCUUACUACAUGGAAGAGGACGUUGACUUGAAAGAAAUGUCGACAAUAAAGUAUGCAUUGAGUGAUUUCAACGAUGACCAUAUUUUCUCCAUGGGUGAUUGCACGGAUAGAUCAGCCGGCUUUCCACCUCCUGGCGAAAAGUUGGAUGCACAAGCUCAGUCCAUUUUGAGAUUACAGGCAAUAUUUGUCUCAGGAAAGAAGUUUCUUGCGAAAAAUAGCUGUGGUGUCGAGUGGAGUAAUGAGGAUAUGGUAUUCAAAUUCCCAACCAGAGUGAAGCAAGUCAAGAGGUUAAAGCCAGAUUCUUGGGCAUCAGUGCUAUCAAAAAAAGAACCUGAUUCUGUUACUAUAGCUGAACAGAAAUCUGAACAUGAUUACAUGAUCGCACAAUUGAAACAAAAUGUCGAACGAGGUGGAACAGACGUCGAGGUGCUUUCUCAAGGGGUAUAUAGUGGAUCUUCUGCCCCAAUGCCACCCACUACUUUUACAAUCAAACCUAGCUCUAAGUUAACUGCAGAUAUAUCGAAGUCAUCCAUAUUGAAUGCUGCGAUAGACGUAAUUGAAGAAAAUAGUUUAUCUUCCACAGAUUUAGCAAAGGAUGCAGCAACAAUCGAGCAGAAGCUUCAAAUUCCUAACUCUCCUGAUGUUAAUGAUAGGCAAGAAAUACUUGAGUCAGCCGAACAUAAAGCAGCUUACAACGAAAAAUCUGAGCAUUUCAAAAGUAUAUUCAACUCAGGUGCCUUUGAUACAGUAAAAGCAUCCGGGUUUCAAGAACAGACUACCCUUCCAUCGAUUGCACAUCCGAGUGCAGCUCACAAUAUAGGUUUCAAUCCAGCAAUGGCGACAACGGAGCAAGGUGUACAAACACAUUCAGCUCAAAUGUGGCACCCAGGAUAUGGAAUGUCUCCGAUGAUGAAUGUUCCAUUAGUUCAAACUCAUCACUUUGCAAAUGACUCGUCAAUUCAUGGAUGGAUAAGUCAGUACCCUCAGCAAGUAUUUAACCCACAGGUGCAGCAACACCAGCAGCAACACCAGCAGUAUCCACAACAGCCAUAUUUCCUGGAUUAUCAUUCAGCAAGUAUCCAUAGGAACCAGAACAAUGUGCAUGAAAGUUCAGUAAACAAGUCUCAUCCUAUAUGA